AUACACAACGCUAUGGUUUUAUAACCCAGACAUUUAAAUAGAAAAAGAUUUUUAAAACAAAUACCAUGUGUUUAACAGUAAUAAAAGUUACGUAAAAUUUAUUAUUACUAUACUUUAGUUAUAGUAAUUUCAAAUUUGCGCCUUUUAUAAGAUGACCACUGAUUUCCAUAACUCUGUGACGACUAAAAGUGUUUCAAAAAAUCUUUCUGAAACACAUUAUAAUUGUAUAGAAAUCAAUAUGUCUUACGAUAAACACCUUUCCCACGGCUUUAACGACGGAUUACAAGACAAUCAAAUGACAAGACAAUUGUGUCCCAAAGAAGACUCGGACGACGAGAUCAUAUUAUACGAGAAUGGAGUACAGAAUUGUGACAAUAUAGCGAUUCCGGACGACAAGAAUCGGCCAAAAUUUGUUGAUGAAAACGUCAAAAUAGUGGAUAGUUCUGGAAAAGUGCCAAAAGCUAUAAAAGGCAUUUGUCUGACAAUAAUAUCGGCCCUAUUUUUCUCGAUCACAACCGUUAUUGUCAAGUAUGUGAAAGACGUGGAUCCGUCCGAAAUGGCAUUUUUCCGAUUCUUAGGAAUAUUACUCUUCACUCUACCGGUGGUAAUGGAGGUGAAGGGCAGUCCAUUCGGGCCGUCAAAGUCGCGGCUAUGGCUUGUGCUGCGAGGAGUGGCCGGCGCCACGAGUCUGUACUUCCGGUACAACGCUCUGCACUACAUGUCUAUAGCGAACGCCACAGUAAUCGUGCUCUCAAUGCCGGUCUUUGUAUUCAUUUUUGCCAAAAUAUUUCUCAAAGAGUCGUUUGCGAACGCCACAGUAAUCGUGCUCUCAAUGCCGGUCUUUGUAUUCAUUUUUGCCAAAAUAUUUCUCAAAGAGUCGUUUGGUUUGUUUCACAUCUUCGCCCUCUUUGUGACACUAAUUGGCAUCACUUUUGCGUCAAAAGUGGACUUAAGCUUCACUCACACCGACGUACGGUUGUUGGACAGUAACCGUCCGGACAAUCACCGGCAGCUAAUCGGUGUCGCCUUUAGUAUAGGGGCCACUAUUGUCGGCUCUUCGGUCUAUGUGUUGGUCCGAAAGCUUAGAAGUCUUCACCACUCGGUAAUACUGUUCAACUUCUCGCUGGUGGCCAUAACCGAGACAUCUGUGAUCACGUUGUUUUUAAAUGACUUCAAAUUGCCCACUAACAUACCGGCCAUUAGUGCCAACGCGUGGCUCAUGUGUUUGGUUGCCAUAUUCUCAUUUUAUGGCCAAUUAUUGCUUACAAAAGCACUUCAGGCCGAAGAAGCGGGUCUCGUGUCCAUAGUUAGAGCCAGUUCUGAGUUAAUUUAUUCGUUUGUUUUUCAAAUAACAAUAUUCAAAGAAAUACCGGACAAGUGGUCAGUGUUUGGGGCGGUUUUGGUCAUGUCGUCGGUACUGAUGACAACCGCCAGGAAAUGGAUUAUAACUCUUCCCAAAGAUUCAAAAAUCAAGAAA